AUGAACGACGCCGAUUCCAGCAGGGUUAGGUUUCGCGACGCGCAGGCGUCGUAUCGAUUUCUUCCUUUGCCUUUACCUUUGCCUUUGCUUUUGCCUUUACCUCACUGCCUCUCUGUUACACUUGCGUUUCUCGCGCAAAACGCUGUAUGGGAUAAGUUUAUUCGAAAUAGUCAGAGUUGCUACAAACUAGGUGCAAAUGUUACAAUUGACAAACAACUCUUUCCAUCUAAAGCCAGAUUCAGAUUUAUUCAAUGUUUGCCGAAUAAAGCUGACAAAUUUGGUAUUAAACUGCACUACAUAACACGGGCUUUCUUUUGUAAGAAAGUAAUAAAUCAAUAAGUAUGAAAAUAUUCUAUUAUUACGAUCUUUUUUUCAAGUCAUUUUGACUGGUUUUGGUAGAAACAGCUUCGCCUUAACUAUCGGUAUUUCUAGCGUUAACCUUUACAGAGACAUAUUGUUCAACAUGUCCCGAGAAUCCAUCACUACUGCUUUCAAAACUGUUAUCAUACUCUUAAUAAUUAUAAAAAUUAAUUUCAUUUAUAGAAUCAUAA